AGUAGUUAACGCACUUGACGACGUGUAAAUCACGCUCAAGGGUUGUUGAGAGAUCUGCUUGUGAUACUGCUAAGUGUACGAGUCGGUUUGUAGUUGACGGGACUUCGCGCUGCAGCUUGACGUGGAUGCUACCAGCUCAUCCUAAAACGCCGAACAAGUCAUAGACAAUGAGUAUAUUUGACAUUCCAUUGAAAAGGGCCGUAGAACGGCGCUGGUGGCUCAUCAUCACCAGUAUCAUCGAGAAUCUCUUCUUUUCUGCCCUCAUUUUCGGAUGGCCGGCCUUGGCGAUAAUGCUGAAGGCGGAGGGAUACUUCGCCGGUGAUUGUGCAGAUCACCACAACGAAACUCAUCACAAUGAUACUCAUCACAACGAUACCUUAUACGGUAACUAUAGUUACGCAGCUGACGAGCAUUCCCAGGAUUCCAUUCACCGGAAGUUGUUGUCUAUGGGCGGCGGGGGAGAUGCCAAUGAUUGUGGACAGGGUCAAACUCUCAAUCUCCUAUACACGCUUUGCCUGUUUACAAUGACCGGAAGUACCCUGCUUAUCGGGAUCCUCCAGGACAAAUACGGAUAUAAGCCCGUUAGACUAUGUGCAGCCAUCAUCUUCUCUCUGUCAGCCAUAAUGAUGAUGAUGGCAACUCCAGAAAAUGGUGCCAUUGUGUUCCCGGCUCUUGUAAUGAAUGGACUUGGUGGCAUGGCCAUAGCCUUCACAUCAUUUCAGAUCCCAAACAUGUUCGGCCCAUGGAGAGCAACAAUGUUAGCAUGCCUUUCAGGUUCUUAUAACACAGCUGCCAUGGUUUUCACCGUGAUGAUGACACCUAAUCUGUUUGGUCAUCUGCGCGCGACGAUGCUGUCAUUUCUAGCGGGAUCAUACAACACUGCUGCGAUGAUCUUUCCAAUGUUUAUGGCUAUGUAUGAUGGCGGAGUUCCCUUCCGGAUGCUAUGGCUUAUUCUUGCUGUCGGCGGAGGUUGGGUGUUCCUAAAUGCACUAAUCAAUCUCCCUUCUAAAACCAUACCACCUCCCGAUGAUCUAAAGGAAGAGUUGAAAAGAGAAAGUUUCAAUGCAGAUAAGGAAAGCGGAGAAGAAUAUUAUAAACUUAUGCAAGGAAUUGGGGAUCGUCUCAGUACGGGUAUUGUCUACCAAUACAGGGAUGUUUUCACCUCCAGAACUGACCUCACUGACAUAGAAGGCGAAGCGGUCGAGGAGGAAGAGAUCCCUCCUUUCAGAAAGGUCGUCUGUGGGCCUAUAUUCUUGCUCGGACUGAUGUUCUUGAGUAUUAUGUUUUUGAGAGUGUUGCUUUACAUGGGGGUCAUGGAUAUGCAUAUGAUGAUGAUAACUGGUGGCGAUGAAGCUAAAGUUGCUCACUAUGGUUUAGUGUUUGGAAUGAUGCAGGUUCUGUGUUUCUUUGCCUGUCCUGUGAUUGGUAUCAUGAUUGAUUAUGGUACCAGAAACUUAUCAGUUCCAGGAGAAAAAGAAACAAAGGCCGAGGAACAGAAAAGAUUGUUUAAAUUGAGGAUACGGAAACUGACCAACUGUAGGAACGCCUUUAUAAUGAAUUCAAUUAUACUCAUCGUAUUUGGUGUAGCCGUAUUGAUACCAAAUAUGGGAGUCCAGCUGGUGUCAUUCUUCAUGCAUACGUUUAUUCGUGGAAGUGGAAUGACUGCUAUUCUUGGAAUGUUCGCUGUCGCCUUUCACUUCAGUUACUAUGGUAAGCUUGUGGGUAUUCAAAUCUUGAUGUCGGCCAUUGUUGAUCUUGGACAGAGUCCUCUGUUUAUGGUAAUCGCUGGACCUCUCGAGGGAAAUCCAUUCUGGGUUGAUAUCGGGCUGCUGAUCGUAUCCUUCUUGAACUUCUUACUCCCUCUGUACCUAGUAGUCUUCAUACGUCGGCUCCAACGAGCUGAGACAGAGCUCCAACAGAAACUCGCCCUGGCGGCAACUCCCGUUACUAAAAAACAUAUGCCACCUAGCGGAUUUGAGAGGGCAAUUUCGAUUACUAAAGACGGUGGUAAAGAGUUUAGUGUUUAAGAAAAGUUGCAUCUAUAAUUGUUGGACUGAUAUGGUAUUAGACUUUAUAAAAAGCGGGUUUAGUGGUUGUCAUCGUGUAUGAUUCUUAAUGAAUUGUACAGAGAGUCCAUAUUGCGUCUCUUUGCAAUUACAAUACAAACCUCUUUUAAGUGUAAACAUACUUUAUGGACACCCUUAUUUCCCUGAACUGACUUCUUACUGUUGACGAAGGGGAUAUUUUGUCGAAUGACAAUUCUCGCUGGUCUGUGUCAAUCCCGAAUAUCUCGUAUCUAUAUCUGGGGUUAUUUCAGAUGUGUUUGUCACAUAAAUUCAUAUCUAAAUCAGGAAAUGCAAACCUUUCAUGUUUUAAUAUGUGAACUUCUUGUCAAAUGUUACAAUAUCGUAAGAUUAUACGAUAUUAUGUUAAAUACGAGCUAGGAUGCAUCUUUGGUAAUGCAUUUCUUGUUGUCAUAUAUAUAAUGUAUUGUUUGUGCAUCAAGAAUAAUGGAUUCUACGGCACGAAAUGGCAAAUGUAAUAUCCUGCACAUGGACGUACCACGUUCGCAAUAUCUCUACACCAGGCGUUCGUCCUUUAAGCGUAUCUUUUAUCCUUACUUUCAGUAAUUAUAUAGUAUGUACAAAGCCUAAGUUUUGAGUCUUUGAAAUAACUGCUACCAUGUGAUAAAUGUUUGUAAUAUAAAUUAUUGUGCAUGUUUAUAGCUGACUCGAUGAUAUCAUUAUUUCGAUGUUUAUUUACAUUUUCUCUCGUUUACUGUUAGCAGCUCUCAGCUAUAAAUUGACAUCGAAAAUCAUUUUUGCGGUUCAUGAAUAUUGUUCAAAUGUCAUCAAAUGUAUAAAUAACGAUUAUAAUUGUAAUGUAGUGUAAAAUAUGAAACGAUGAAUAAAUCAAAAUGUGUACUAAAA